ACGAAAUCCCCUUUGACCUCUACCUUCACCUUCGCCUUAUGCCCGUCUGCGGCGGAUCUAAACGCGGUGGAUUCGGUCGCGGAAAGCCAAUCCAACGAAAAGUUGUCGGCCCGAAGUCUGCGGUGACGGAGCCUGCGGUACGUGGCAAAACUUCCCUGCUGAACGUCUUCACACGCGGAUUCUUCAGUCAAGUCUAUGAACCGACCGUCUUUGAGAAUUAUGUGCACGACAUCUAUGUCGACGAACAGCAAGUGGAGCUCAGUCUAUGGGAUACAGCAGGGCAGGAGGAGUUUGAUCGCCUCCGCUCACUAUCUUAUGCGGAGACCCAUGUGAUUAUGCUUUGCUUUUCGGUAGAUAAUCCAGUGUCUCUAGAAAACGUCGAAACGAAGUGGCUGGAUGAGAUAUUGGAGUACUGUCCUGGGGUGAAGCUCGUUCUCGUGGCCUUGAAAUGUGAUCUUCGGGAUGAUCGGUCAAUACGAGAGCGACUGCAACGACAUGGCGCGCAUCCUGUCCAAUACGAGGAGGGACUGGCUGUUGCCAGGCGAAUACGUGCUUCGCGGUAUCUGGAGUGCAGCUCAAAGCACAAUCGUGGUGUGACGGAGGUGUUCUACGAGGCAGCUCGUGUAUCGCUGAGCACGCGUUCGAAGAGCACCAGCGAGGGAUGCGUUGUGAUGUGAAGACGCGAGUAACCCGUCGGAGACGAUCUACCUUAUCACGACCGCAACUAAUGGGACUGGACUGGGCUGUCGCUUUCUGUUCUACUUUUAUAUAUAGCUGUGUAACUUUCUGAAUGUAAAUCGCAAGAGUCAAUCGUGGAUUCAUCAUAA